AAAAGACAAAACGUAAAUAAACAAUUUUUAUUGAUAAUUAAAGUAAUUUAAAUAAUUAAAAAAAAAAACAAAUUAUUGCCUAAUAAAUUAUAGAUAAUUUUUUGUAAAAAAAAAACAAAAAAUUGCUAGUAUAUGCUAAAAAGACCUGCGCCCUUUGAAUAUUGGUGGCCAACCUUUGACGUAUUUUUCACCCACUUGUUAUAGAUUUGUUAAAGAACAGACAAAGCAGCUAAAUAACCAUAAACCCGCAUAAUGACGUAGUUUUCGCUAAAAUAUUAUAAAUUAAGAAAUUCCACAAAAAUACCAACAUUUUAGGAAUACAACAACAAUACAAUACUUACCUGGCUUAGGAAGGAGACUUCCUUUAGAAAACCACCCUAUUUUUUGGUACAAAAAACACGUUUAACGUGUAGUACUAGCUUUAUUUCAACAAUAUGGAUAGUUCUAUGAUGUUGGCAGCUUUGCAUGGCGAUUCAGCCGUAUAUGCUCACGUAGCUAAUGCUGAAAAUUUGGAUGAUUAUGAUGCUACUACUACCACCAUAACUUCCUUAACAGAUGGCUUAGUAAAGGUCAUUACCUCAACAACAACGGCAGCUAACACCAUCGUCAGUGCUAGUACAACAGCAGCACCGGAUCAUGAUUCUAAUAUAUCAAUGAAUAAUUUUUAUCCAGCCUUGGUACAAUGUUUUGGCAUUAUAAUUUGUGGUUAUAUAGCUGGACGCUUUAAAAUUAUCUCAAAUGCAGAAACAAAAGGUCUGGGCACAUUUGUGGGUACAUUUGCUUUGCCUUCUUUAAUAUUUUUAUCGUUGGUGGAAUUAAAUUGGAAUAAAGUCAAUUGGACUUUCCUAUUGGCCAUGUUAAUAUCAAAAUCAGUGGUAUUCUUUGCUGUUCUUAUAAUAUCACUGUUUAUAGCGAGACCUUUAAAUGUAGCCAGAGCUGGUCUGUUGGGUAUAUUUUGUACACAAUCAAAUGAUUUUGCUAUUGGUUAUCCCAUAGUAAUGGCUUUAUAUAAGGAUAUACAUCCAGAAUAUGCCUCAUAUUUAUAUUUAAUGGCUCCCAUUUCGUUGGCCAUUUUAAAUCCUAUUGGUUUAAUAUUAAUGGAAAUUGCCAAGAUAUCACAAAAUAAAACUGAACAGGCUCAAAAUCCUCCUUUAUGCCCUGAAACCUGUCCAGCCGAACAAAUGGCCAAACGUAGUCGCUGUUUAAAUGAAAGAUCUUUAAUUAUUUUAACCACCAUUAAAUCUUUAUUCUUCAAUCCUUUGCUCUUAAUGACAGUCUUGGGUGUGGCUGGUUCUUUUAUAUUUCCUAAUGGUUUGCCUGAAAUGGCAGCCAGUGUUUUACGUGUAUUUGGUCAAUCGUUUUCUGCCACUGCUCUAUUCUUAUUGGGUUUGAAAAUUGUGGGUCAGGGCAAUAAUAGUUCUUUAAAAGGUUCAGAGUUUUUAUUACCCGGUAUAUUGAUUUUAGUUAAAAUUUUAGUUUUACCUUUGGUUUGUCGACAAACUGUUAAUAUCAUGCAAGCUGGUGCUGACUUUAAUGAUACUACCGAAUUAAGUACUUUUGGUUUUCUAUAUGGUACAUUUCCAGCUGCUCCCGGGGCUUUUGUUAUAGCUACACAAUAUAAUAUGGAUGUGGAAUUGAUUGCCAAAAGCAUGGUUUUGUGUACCUUUAUAUCGGCUCCUUUAAUGUUUAUCUCAGCCAAAAUGAUUUCUCUAACGAAUCUCAAUCCUAUUGAUUAUAUUCAUGAACUAGAUGCCUUUUCUUUUGACAUCAGUGUAGCCGGUGUAGCUGCCUGUAUUUGGAUGCUUUUGUUAUUAAUAACCACCAAACGUUUUAGGCGUAUGCCUCAUCGUAUUACCUUCUGUUUGGUGUUGUCUCAGUUAAUGUGCUGUGUUGGUGUUAUUUUAUGGUCUAAACUGGAGCAUGUACAAAAAUGGCCUUUAAUUAUACAAUUUGUUUUAUUUAAUGUCGGCACCUACAGCAGCCGAUUAUGGACUGGCAUAUUGGCUAUUUCUCUGCUGUUCUUGCAAUGUCGUAGUCUUUGUUUUGUUUUGAAAUUAUGGCCUUAUAUGAUUGCUUUUGCUUGGGGUGUACCGGCCAUUAUAUCGGGCUUAUUGCUAGCAUUCGAUAGUAAUGUUAUGUCAGGGGAAAAACAUAAUCCUAGUUUUCAAUAUGGUAAUGCUCAAGCAGCCAUAUCGGUGUUUAUGCUGGUCAUGUGUUUUAUAGUUACCGUGGGCUGUUUGGUUAUGCAUCAACGUUACAAGAAACGUUAUGAAAAAUAUCUAACCUUCUCACGCGAAUUAUCCAAUCCUGAAUCAGAAACUUCUGAUUUACAAUCAACUAUUUCAACGGCAAAUCUUAUUACCUCCUCUGCAAAUAGUAAUAUUCAUCAAAGACGUCGUUAUACUUCUUAUUCGUCAUCGGAUGAUGAUGAUAUGUUACCCAAUACUGUUAAUCCUUCUAGUAAUGGUGGUUGUGGUAAUGGCAAUGGUAAUUGUUGUUCUUCAAGCGCAACAACAACGCCCUCUACCACUACUGUGGUAGUGGAUAUUGAAGAUCUUUUGAAUAAACGUAAUUUGGAACAGACUAAAAAGGAUUCAAAGGAUUCGGAUAUAACACCGACAACGGAAAAUGAAACACACAUUAAUGGUCGCCCCAAUUUAUGUGGUCCCGCUUUCAAUUGUGGCGCCAGUACAUCACAAAAUUGUCAGUCGAUUAUAGAACGUUAUGAGGAACAUACAAGACGCGGUUUAGAACCUUUAGAAAAAGCCAAUGAUGAAGAUGAUCAUCAGACACUAAAACACAUAGUAUUGUUAAUCAUAUUACUGUGUUCCAUGUUUGUGGGUCUAGCGGUUUCCAUUUGGACUUUGGUUAUGGAAGGCAUGUCUGGUAUAUAUUUGGAAUUAAGUUUUCUCGAUGCUUUCUUAAAUUUCGGGCAAAGUUUAAUAGUAAUGGCUGUGUUUAUAACUGAUACUGGUGAAUUGUUAAUGCCGUUGAUUAAAAUUUGGCGUAAAAUAUGGUACGGAGCAAAUGUUGUCACUUUGCCGCAUUGGUCUCAUGUUAGUCAGGAAACUAAACAUAUUUGCGAACAGUUCCGCAAUCAUCAUUUGGAAAAUUGCAAAAAGGAUAUUGCUAAAGACAGAAGGUGGCGCAUACGAACUUAUCGUAAAGUAUUUUACGGCUGUGAAUUUGUUGAUUGGUUAAUAGAAGUUGGUUUAUCUAAGGAUCGUUUGGAGGCCGUACACUAUGCUAAACAUUUAGUUAAUGGUCGUGUCUUGCGUCAUAUCAAUAAUGUCUAUCAUUUUGAAGAUAAACAAUUACUUUACAACUUUUGCAGUCGCAUGUAAAGAAAACAAAAUGUAGAAAAUAAGCGACGACAUACCCACAUACGUUUUGUAAAUUUAUUUUUAUUUAGAUAUAUUUAUAUAUAAUUUUUGUGUUUGUUUUCUUCAAUCAGCUGUGAUUUUUGUUAGUUCAUUUUAAUUUUAAUUAUUACAACAACAAUUCCUUUUUUAUUUUUCUUAAAAAAAACCCAUUAACAAAAUGAAAAACAAACUUUUCAUUUUGUUUACUUUUAUUUUAGUUUUGUAAGUUUUUCUCUUCUCAAAUUCAACAAAAAGUGUUACAAAUUUAUUAUUAUUUUUUCACAAAAUCUUUUUUAAUUAGUGUUAUAGUGUGUCAAAACCAACCAUAUUUAGCUCAAGCAGAGAAAUUAAUCUUUGUUUCUCUUAAAAUUUAUAAUUAAGAAAAGUGCAAUUUAUUCUUAAUUUUAAUUGUUAUUUCUUUAUUGUUAUUGUAUAUGUGUGAGAAACUCAUACAAAAUUUUCAAAUUGUAUAAUAAAAAACACAAAAAAUUUUGUCACAAAAUAAAAGCAACAAUACCAAAUGGAAUUUGUAUCAAUAUAGAGAAAAAAAGAAUGCUGUGGCUUUUAAACAAAUUAGGGAAUAUUUUUAAAAAUUAUUUUACAAUUAUGUAUACUAAAACAAUUAGAAUUUUUCUAAAAAUAAUUUAUCAAAAUGGAAA